GUAGCAGCAACGCUCGGAGCAGCAGCAGCAGCAGAAGAAACAAGUACCAGCCACCCAGCGGCUCCUCCGGCCCGAGCAGCCUCAGUCCCCCCGCCGCGAUGGCGCUGCAAAACCCGGCGAGCGAGGAAGCCAAGGGGCCUUGGCAGGAGACAGAGCAAGAACAGCAGGAGCUGGUGGGUCGCCCCGAGACCGAGCCCGAGCCCGAGACCGAGCCCAUGCUGGUACCACAACCUAAACCCGAACCAGAGCUCCAGCCUCUACCGGACCCCACGCCCUUGCCGGAGCUGGAGUUUGAGCCCGAGCCAGUGCACGAACGCGAGCCCACGCCCACGGUGGAGACUCGCGGCACUGCGCGCGGCUUCCAGCCCCCCGAGGGUGGCUUUGGUUGGAUGGUGGUCUUCGCUGCCACCUGGUGCAAUGGCUCCAUCUUCGGCAUCCAGAACUCCUUCGGGAUCCUCUACUCCAUGCUGCUGCAGGAGGAAAAAGAGAAAAAUCGCCAAGUGGAGUUCCAAGCAGCAUGGGUAGGAGCCCUCGCAAUGGGAAUGAUCUUCUUCUGUUCUCCCAUUGUGAGUAUAUUCACUGACCGUUUGGGCUGCCGAAUCACAGCGACCGCAGGGGCUGCUGUCGCUUUCAUUGGCCUUCAUACCAGUUCCUUCACAAGCUCAUUAAGCCUGCGUUACUUCACCUAUGGGAUUCUCUUUGGUUGUGGCUGUUCCUUCGCCUUUCAGCCAUCCCUCGUCAUCCUGGGCCACUAUUUCCAACGCCGCCUGGGCCUGGCCAAUGGUGUGGUGUCUGCUGGGAGUAGCAUCUUCUCCAUGUCUUUCCCCUUCCUCAUCAACAUGCUGGGGGACAAGAUCAAGCUGGCCCAAACCUUCCAGGUGCUGAGUACCUUUAUGUUUGUUCUCAUGCUGCUUUCACUCACCUACCGGCCCCUCCUGCCCAGCUCCCAGGACACCCCAAGCAAGAGGGGUGUCCGCACCCUUCGCCAGCGCUUUCUGGCUCAGCUCAGGAAGUACUUCAACAUGCGAGUGUUCCGCCAACGUACCUACCGCAUCUGGGCCUUCGGGAUUGCUGCUGCUGCACUUGGCUACUUCAUUCCCUAUGUACACCUGAUGAAGUAUGUGGAAGAGGAGUUCUCAGAAAUCAAGCAGACCUGGGUGCUCUUGGUGUGUAUUGGGGCUACCUCAGGCCUCGGGCGUCUUAUGUCAGGCCGUAUCAGUGAUUCCAUUCCUGGACUUAAGAAGAUCUACUUGCAGGUCAUCUCCUUCCUGCUCCUGGGCCUGAUGUCCAUGAUGAUUCCUCUGUGCCGGGGCUUCGGGGGCCUCAUCGUUGUCUGCCUCUUCCUGGGCCUAUGCGAUGGCUUCUUCAUCACCAUCAUGGCCCCCAUUGCCUUUGAGCUGGUGGGCCCAAUGCAGGCCUCACAGGCCAUUGGCUACCUCCUGGGUAUGAUGGCCCUGCCGAUGAUUGCUGGGCCCCCCAUUGCAGGCCUUCUCCACAACUGUUUUGGGGACUACCAUGUGGCCUUCUACUUUGCUGGUGUGCCCCCCAUCAUUGGGGCGGUAAUCCUCUUCUUCGUCCCUCUGAUGCAUCAAAGGAUGUUCAAGAAAGAGCAAAGGGAUUCCAGCAAGGAUAAGAUGUUGGCUCCUGACCCGGACCCUAAUGGGGAGCUGCUGCCAGGCUCUCCUGCCCCUGAGGAACCCAUCUAAUGCCUCUUUCUUGCCAUUGUGUGCUUCUCCCCAGCCCUUCUCCUUCACUCCAUUCUGCUCAGCAUUUACAUUUUUGCCACCAGCACACCUGUUCCCAAACCUGUGCACAUAGCAUUUUAGUCACCUGACCAUCCCCUUGGAGCCAAAACUCCAGGUGUUCCAAACUCACUAACCAAACUUCCCCCAUGAAUGCCUUUAAACUUGCCAAGGCCCUUCUCCUCCCAGGAUAUGGGGAAGCUUGGGAUCAUCCCCUGGCCUUUGGAACUUCUCCAUAUAUUUUCUAACCCCUGGGGGAUGAAGGGGAUGGGACCUCCGGGCUUCGGCUUGUUAGUCACCUACUAAAAGCAAUUUCUAAAGGUGCUACUGUGUCCCUAGGAGCCUAGUGGGGAGACCCAGACCUCUGUGUUCUGAGGAGUUUAUUACCAUCUGUCCUUGGGAGCUGUUGACAAGAGGGAGGGAGAUAUUGGGGGAAGCAAAAUGAAACAAGGAGCCUCAGAGUCUCUGAAGGCUGUGGCUUCCUAAGAUCUGUGGGUGCCAUCAUUUUACAAGUGUACAAGAAGUCUCCCCAUCAUAAAGCUGGUUAAUAGUCUGUUUCCUUUUUCUUUUCUUCCUUUUUUCCUCUACUGCCUCCUCUCUCUUCUCUUCCCCAUUUCUUUUUAUGACUAUCAUAGACACAUGGGUGUUUGGAGAAAGGAGGGACCCAGAGCUUAAACCAAUCAGCCUCACCUUGGCCCAGCCCACCCCUGCCACUAGCAUCAAUCCCAUCAUCUCAGGCUGAGCCACAUCUCACUUUUUGGCUCAAGCUGAUAGAAUAGACUGGAAAAGUAAAGUACCAUAUUGGGAAGGGACCUUAAACAGCAUAGCGUUUUACUCACCAAUUUCAUAGACUUCCCAGGCCAAUGCAUUAACCUGGAGGCCCUCACAGCUCCUUACCCUUGUAUCCAUGGGUCAAAAUGUGAAGAAACUCCUUUCAUCUCAGUAAGCAGAGGAGGACUGAUAACAGGGAGAUGGAAUGGAGGAGGGGAGGGACAGUAGUUAUUGACAUAGUGAAGGACGAAUUACUCCAUCUCAUUACUCAUGACAUGUCAAUAUUUCCACCUGAGUCAGGCCAAGGAAGGGACUGCUUCAGGAAAAAUCCCAUUCCCAGCCUUGAUCCCAAAAAAGUACAGGCAGCAGCUGCACAUAGAGUUGGACAAUUUGUUUUAGGAAAGGGAAGCCAUCCUAGCCUUUACCUUCAGUGUGUCCCCAAUACUGA